UUAUUUAAGAUACCAUCAGGUAUUACAUAAGCUGAACAGACGAAACUCUCUUCUUUUUCAACGGAUUUUUUAUUCCAUCAACAUGCAAGGUGUAACAUCUACCAGUCUCAGACUGUUUGGUCGCAGCUGUCUGUUUCAGGCCUCGUGUAAACCAAGGAAUGACCUGUGGAGGAUGCUUCCCCAAAGCACUGCUUCUACUAGCUGUACUGAGUGUGUAACAUGCAGGCAUUUGCUUCACACCUGUACCAGAGGGGCGGCCAGCAAACAGACCACUACAUUCCCACGGCCGACUUCUUUCUCCCAGCCCCAUUUCCCUCAACACAUUCUUAGGAGAGAAGCAAGCGGUAAGGGGAACAAGGCCCCUGGACGUGGGAGGAAGGGGCCCAUAACUUGGAAGUCCUUGGCGGUGGUGUUAGGGCUUGGUGGUGCAGCUUUAUAUGCUUUCAAAUCUGCGAAGGAGAAAAAAGAAUUGCAAAUCCAAAAGGAGAGGAACAAAGCUGUCGGGAAGGCUGCUAUAGGAGGACCCUUUGACCUGAUUGACACCACUGGCAAACCAAAGACAAAUAAGGACUACCUUGGACAAUGGAUUCUCCUGUAUUUCGGCUUCACUCACUGUCCUGACAUCUGCCCAGAUGAGCUGGAGAAGAUGAUAUUAGCUGUCAACAAAGUCAAUAGUAGUCCAAACUGUGACAAGGUUGUUCCAAUCUUCAUCACCAUCGAUCCAGAGAGAGAUGAUGUCGAAACCAUGGCAGCAUAUGUCAAAGAAUUUGACCCAAACCUCAUUGGAUUGACGGGAUCUAAGGAGAAGAUUGAUGAAGUAUCAAGAAACUUUAGAGUGUAUUACAGCAUGGGACCAAAGGAUGAAGACAAUGACUACAUUGUGGAUCAUACAAUCAUCAUGUAUCUAUUAGGCCCUGAUGGCAGCUUUAUUGACUACUAUGGACAGAACAAGUCAGAUGAGGAGGUAGCGGGUGGUAUUGCUGCUCAGAUGAGAAAGUAUAAACAAAUAAAAGCCGGAAAAUAACACUGAAGGGAGUUAUCUUUUAGCCCCAACAUGCCAUGGCAGAUAGUUGAGUGGUGGAUAAUUUGUCCAGGAUCAGAAACUCAGAAUAAAUUAAAAAACUUCCCAGAUAGUUAUUACCACUUGGGCUAAAACCACCUGGUCUAUUUUCAAGUUGGUCUAAUUUCCAUUUGGUCAAAGUUGCACUUGCUCUUAUACCCAUUUAGUCUAAUUUUCACUUAUAUUUUGCCCUGAAUGAAAUGAAAAUUUUGUUCAAUAAAAUUUCAGGUAAUCAUAUAGACUAAACUGGUAUUAGACCAAGUGAAUAUGGACAAAGUUGGUGUAGCCUAACUGGAAAUGGUAAAUGGGAUAUAUGGCAAUUGGACUAAAUGGUUAUUCGACGAACUGGUUGAGACAAAGUAGGAUCAGACCAUGUGGGAUGAGACGGAACGGAAAGUAGACGUAGUAGGCUUAGACCAAGUAGCAAUUUAUCUUUUGAAUGGGAUAGUGUUCAUCAAUGUGGAAACAACUUUCCUUCAGUACGAAGCGCAUAUUUUUAUUUCCCGAAAAUAAUCCACCUACAAUUCUAAAAUAGUUAUGUUGCCAAGCAAAUAAGCAAAGAAUAAUAA